ACCAUAGCAUUCAUCACUUCUACACUCAUUCACUCAAACAUAUGGCUAGCUCAAUGCUUAUCAAGGUUACUUGCUUGGCUAUGAUAUGCUUGGUUUUUGGUAUUCCCUUAGCCAAUGCUGGGCAAUCAUGUGGUCAAAUAAAAGGUUCCUUAGUACCAUGCCUUAGGUACCUUAGGCACCCAGGACCAACUGUCCCUGAACUAUGUUGUAAUGGUGUUAGGACUGUUAAUGACCAAGCCAAAUCUCUUCCUGAACGUAAAGAUGCCUGUGAAUGCAUCAAAUCAACAUUAAUCGCCAUACCUGGACUCGAUCCUGAUGCUGUUCAGGGUCUUCCUAACAAAUGUGGAGUCAAUUUGCCUUUCCCAAUUGGUGCUAACAUGGAUUGUAGCAAGUUAGGGGGCGUGGCACACUGAGUUUAUAGGGCUUGAAGUUUAUGAAUAAAGAAUAAACUUGGUUUGGUAAUAACCAAGACAGAAUAAAGAGGUUAUUUUAAUUUCUCUGGUUGUAACUCAAUUCCCAUUAGGGAUCACUGUAUUAUGAGUUUUGAUAAUUAUUUAUUUAUAAUUUUAAAAAAACUUCAAUUUUUUUUUA